GGCACCCAAUUCAGAAACUGUGGAAGCCCCACUCUAUAUUAGGUGGAAAGCAAAAAGUCCAUCAAACUGGCUUCAAAUGACAAGUGAGCUCAUUUAUCAAAACAGAAAUGAGCAUGUUGCAAUCACUUAAUAAUGUCUCCCUUGCAGGUUCCAUUCUUGUUUCGACUUUGGCAUCACCAUUUACAUUAGCUGUGCAUUUGCUAAAUUUGCCAAAGCUUUAUAAUCUUUUUGCAGGGAUUUUGAUGUCUACAUUUGACAUGAAGGAUGAAUCCAAGGAAGUGAUUUGGCAAGAUGUUGGUAGUGGGAGGAAUGCUAAUACUGGAAAGGAUAAUGGGGCCAAUCAAAGCACCGACAGAGGCCUUACAUCCACCUCUACACCAGUUUUGCAGGACAUAGAAAAUAAGGCAACCAUUCCAACCAUGAGGAAUGGUGACGAUUCUUGGUCACUAGAGACCAGUUCUGGGGGUCUAGUAAAUGCUCUUCUUGUUUUGAUAGAUUGGAUUCAUGUGUCUCUAACGUGGGACAGACUGCUGCCAAAAUUGGAGAUCAUCUGCAGUUCAUUUGCAGCGACUCCAAUCGGCCCUGUUGUUUUCCUUGUGAUCGCAUUCAGGAAAUCGACAGUGAUUAUAAGCUUGUGGCCAUGCCAUGUCAUUUGGACAUACUACUACAUUGCAAAGUAAUAAUUUCAGAUAAGUUUUGAUUUUUGAUUUUAUUUAUUUUUUUCUUUCAAAUUUAUUUGGCUAUUUUGGGUUGGAAAAUGGUAAGGCGGGUUUUUCAAUUUGGACAGAAUGAAGAAGUUUGGUGUAAUGCUGAAGUUUUCAUACUAAAUCACUAAAUCAAGUAUAUAGUUUUCAUACUACAGCUCUGGUUGCUACUCUUUGAUAAUAUUUACCAACGGUAGGGUUGUUCUCAUGCUGAUGGUUAGGUGUUCUUUUGCCCUCCAUAUAGUGACACUUGCUGCCAAC